AUGUCGCAUUCAGUGAGCGUUCAGCCCCAGGCCAUGCAGGGAUACAGCACCAGCCACUGGAACUCCGAAGUCAUGGACUGCUUCGAGGACAUGGAAAUCUGUCUUUGUGGAGCAUUUGUCCCCUGUAUUCUGGCGUGUAGGGUGGCUUCACAAUUUGGAGAGUGCUUCUGCCUGCCAUGUCUGCCGGAAACUAUGCUCGCCAUGAGGACCGGCAUAAGGGAACGUUAUCACAUCCCGGGAACUAUCUGCAAGGACUGCGUGUGCCUGACGUUCUGUGGACCGUGCACGCUUUGUCAGAUGGCCCGUGAGCUGAAACACAGGAACUGA